CGAGUGCUCAAGAAAACUCCUUUGCUUUUUCAAGGAAAAGUUAUUGAGGUUGAAGCUCAUUUGCCAGAUGCCUUUGAUGAUUCACAUCCUGAAAUUAAGGAAGCAGAAAGUGACGCAAAUUCCUUCGCAGUUCAUGUUAGCGGUUUUGACACAAAAAAAGUGCCUGCUGAAACUUUGUCACUUUACUUUGAGUCCAGAAGAGGUGCUAAUGCUGACGUCAUUAGUAUGGAAAAAGUAGACGAAAAUGCAUAUAUCCUAAAAUUCGAGGAAGAAGAAGCUAUCGAUAAAAUCCUCCAAAAGACACACAAGGUUGGUGGAAUGCAACUAACUGUGAAGAAAUAUAUACCUCCUCCGCCUCUUCCGAAGUAUGAAGACAAAGUAUUUAUAAAAGGUGUUAGUUCGUCAACCACUAAAGAUUCCCUCUUUAACUUUCUGGAAGCAAAAUCAAAUGCGGAACCAAUUGAUAUAAUUUAUGGGGAAGAGGAAGGUACUGCUCUGGUCACAUUUGAUACAAAACCAGACAUAGAAAAACUACGACAACAGUGUAAAAAGAGAACAUUAGAAGGCAACUAUCUAAAUAUAGAUCAUGUGACCGUUACCAAUACGAUAGUUGCUACUGGUUUUAAAGAGACCACGUCUGAGGAGACUUUGGAGUUAUAUUUUGACAGCAAGAAGAAAUGUGGGGUGGAUGGUGUUACCAAAGUAAAGAUGAACCAGCAGCAGAAUCAAUGUUUUAUUUCUUUUGACGAUUAUAAUUCGGUUGAUAUUGUCUGCAAUCGUAAGCACAAGGUUGAUGGAGUAGAAUUUAAAGUAAGAAUCCAUCAAGAAUGUCUAGGUAAUCCAGCCGAUGAAAGCCAGAGUUUACAGUUCCAGCAGCCUGACCCUGUACUAAUUGAACAUGUUGAUAAGUGGAAACUUGUCUUUCUUAAGGAAUCCCCUGAAAAUCAAGAGAAAAUGAAUGAAUAUCUUCGACAAACAUGCGCGCACGAAGUAAGCGAAGGUAUGAUCAGAUUUCUAGGAAUACCUGAAGUCAAGUCAUACCUGGAGAAAAGCUUUUCUGAAAGUGGAUUGACAGCAACAUGGGCGGUGACAGAUGGCAAAAGCUUAAAGAUAUAUUCUUUAUCCGACGAAGAGCUUGUAAAAGCGGUUCAGCAUUUUAGAAAAUUAUUAAGCGAGGUUAAAAUUGAUGUCGAAGAUGGCCAAUCGAAUAUACUAAAGACGCAGUCAUGGAAAGACUUAAUUAAAUCAACUCAAUGUUUAACUAGCAACAAAGUAGUUAAAAUCGAUGAGACAAGCAGUAAGAUAACAGUCUAUACCACUUCCGCUGCAAAUAUUGGUAUGAUCAGAGAAACCCUGCAGGACUUUUUGUAUAAAAAUGCCAUAAAACAGCAAAAAAUAAACCAAUCAGGGGCAGUUUCCCGACUUUUAAAGGAACACUAUAGAAAAGAAAUAGCAUCUAUAGAGAGAGAUUUGCAAAAUGAGCAUGUUACCAUUCAGAUAAAUGAUUCAGAAUUACUUUUAAAAGGUAACAAUACUGGUUUAUCGAAAGCGAACGCAAGAAUUAAUCAACUUCUCGCCAGCAUUGUGGAAAAGAAGCAUGUCAUAAAUAAGGCCGGAAUUGUUCAACACAUACAGAGUCUUGAAGGUAAAGCAAAAAUAGCACAGGUAGAACGAACCAAUGCAGUAGUUUUCACCGUCAACGAUAACGAUGACCAGUCCAUGGAUACCAAAAUCAUCCCCCAGUCAUUACUUGCGCAGAGAGAAACCGCAACAUGCACAACCGCAUCAGGGCAAACUAUCGUGACUGUAGUAGGAGACAUAACGGAACUUGAUUUUGAUGUUAUUGUAAAUGCAGCAAACAAAACUUUGGAACAUGUUGGUGGACUAGCAGAAGUAAUCGUUACAAAAGGAGGACAAAGCAUACAGCAGGAAUGUAGUGAAUAUAUUCGUAGACGACUCGGUGAAAAAGAACUAUUGCCUGGUGAGAUUUUCUGUAGCAAAGCAGGUAAUCUGAAAUGUAAGUUGGUUAUUCAUGCUGUCGGACCACCAUACCAAGAUGGCUUUCACAAUGAAGACGAAUAUCUGUCCGAAUGUAUCGAACAAUCUCUAAAAGAGACUGCACAAAGAAAAUUAAAAUCUAUAGCAAUUCCAGCAAUUGGAACGGGAAAUUUUGGAUAUCCACUACAUGAUGCCUGUAAAGUAAUAGUGGAUUCCAUCAAAAGAUUUUUCAAGUCAAACAAAUCGACAUCGAUCCAGAAAGUUUUUCUAUGUGAUUUAAAAGAAAAUACACUGAAGAACUUUGUUACUGUUCUACAGACGAAAUUUGAUCGAACAAACGUGAAAGUAAUCGGACAAAGCACACCUCACAGAUUAAGACAACAUAGGUUUGAAGAAGCUAGUGCCAUGGCGCUGUCUGAUGACGACUUUGAUGAUGAUUAUGAUGAUGAUGAUGAUGACGAUAUGAGCCAGCCAUCGUCGGGUCCAAUAGCAAUCACUGUUCUUCGGGGCCAGGUAGCUUUACAGGAGGUUGAUGCUAUAGUCAAUUCGACAUCCAAAGACCUUCAGUUGACACACGGCGCAGUUUCACAAUCCCUUCUGAAUGCUGGUGGAAAAACAUUACAGUCAGAGUGCACCAAAAAAUAUCCCAAUGGUGUAAAUCCUGGAGAAAUAGCUGUGACAAAUGGGGGAAAGUUAGAAUGCAAAAGCGUUUAUCAUGGAGCUCUCACUGGAUGGUCUCCGACGGAAGCACCAAAGGAAUUAGAGAUGUUUAUGACAAACUGCUUGGCAGCAGCCACUAAAUCUGGUUUUAGUUCUAUUGCUUUUCCUGCUUUGGGAACUGGAAACCUUGGGUAUCCUAAGUCAGAGGUUGCACGAAUGAUGUUUUCCAACGUGGAAAUGUUUGGACGCAAUAAUCCAAGUACUUCAAUCACAGACGUUAGAUUUGUAAUUUACGAAAAGGACACUGAAGUUUUGAAGGCAUUUGAAGAUGAAAAACGGAAUGGGAAUCGUAGAAAGGACAAAAGCAAGAGUAUGAAUUUUUAA